AUGGAAGAAGGGGGUAUUCCACGGACAAUUUCCGCUAAGGCCUCGGGAAACAACCCGGUCAUAUCAUCAUCCCUAGUGACAGCAGUUCCUAGUACACUAGAAGCUAAAGGGACACCCAAAACCCAUAGUCCCCGGGGUCUUUACCGGAUUAGUUCGACAAAAAAUCGACUAGAAGCGAAUAUUAGAAAACUCGUUGGGGCCCCGCUUGAAUCACAGAACCUUCGGUUUCGAGGAUUAACUUUCGGCGAACUGGACUCAACUCUAGCUUUCUUUAUCCUGCAAAGAACCAGCAAUAAUUCCCUAACGAAUUUGAUAUCGGAUUCUAUACUACAGAUGCCUCAAGUUACGCACUUGAAUAUGUUUGAAAAUUGA